AUGCUCCCCCCGGUAGAGCAAUCGGUCCUCCAAAACAACCCCGAAUUCGCGGCGUUGCAUCACACACUCACCACAGCCAUCCUAAACCCAGAUGGUUCAUCCAAGAAACCAUAUACCAAAGAGCAGUCCGCAAUUCAAAAUGAACUAGCAGACCACAGAUACACCACGGCGAAAGAACACCUCCUAAUAAGCGCCCUCUCGACCACAGCUCCGCCAGAACCUAAACCAACGCAGCGGUCCAUCCGUCCCCGCUCGACAUCCCAUCCGGCACCCGCACAGCCCUCGGCGCCGCCCCUCCCCGAAUCCCUCCUGGACCUCCUCCUCCUGCUCCCGCCCCUCCUCACGGCCUCCGAGCCUCUCUCCGCCGAAUCAGCAAACAUCCUCCUAUCCAACCCCCCCUUUACCGAAUUCCAGUCUCUCCUCCCGCAGCUAGGCGAGCUCGUCUCCUCGACGCUCCACACGUCCGCCGUCUCCCUCGCGCGCAUAGCGAACCCGACGACAAACCCGUCGUUCCUACACAGGACGGUACCGGGCCUGAACACAACGUACCACAAACUCGAGACCGACGUAAGGGAAGCCAAGCACGCCCUGUCGAAAGAGCGGCUGAGGGUGGCCGCGAGCCUGACGGAUCUGCUGGACAAACACGCCGCGGCGCUGACGCUGCUCGUGAGGGCGCUGGAGGCGAAGCACGGGCUCGUCGCGCGCAGCCUCGAGUUCCGCGCGGCAGAGACGGGUCUCGAGGCGCAAAAGGCCGAGGUAGAGGCCGUCGCUGCACGGGAGAGCGUCAGGAGAGAGGUGUACUCGCCCGAGAUGGUGACCGCGCUGAGAAACUACGCGACGCACCUGAGGGAUGCGCGUAUGAGGUUGGAGAGCACCAUCACAACGUUGACGGUAGAGUUGGAGGGGUACGGUGUUGGCGUCGAGGGCGACGAAGGGAAGGAGAGAACAAUGAGGGAGAUUGCGCGCAAGUAUCGUGAGCUAGAGCGGCAGUUGGACGAGGCCAAGAGGGAUCUGGACCGGCUGGGAACGGCGUAA